ACCCCCCGCACAAGUCGCUUAUGCAGGCGCUCUAACAGCGCUCAUGCAGUUAUCUCAUCCAAGGGGUGGUUGUUAUCUACACUUUUAGUCCUUGGAAGAAUCCGAUUUGGCAAUGACGCACCUGUCCAUGGAUUCGAGAUUCUUGUUCGAUUAAUCCGACCUACUACAUCACCGAUCAAACUGGGGCUAGAUAUGUAUUACGAAAGAAGCCUCCAGGUCAAUUGAUGUCAAGCACCGCACACGCCAUCGAGCGCGAAUUCAAGAUCCUCUCUUCCCUUCCCCCGGAUUUUCCAUCGCCCAAGGUUCACGCUUUAUGUCUGGAUACGUCGAUCAUCGGAACAUCCUUCUACCUCAUGGAGUUCAUCAAAGGACGAAUAUUCCAAGAGGUUGAUCUUCCGCAGAUCAAAAACCAGGACGAACGCGUGGCCAUUUACAAGAGUGCGAUUUCCGUCUUGGCACGAUUACAUUCAUUCAAACCGGCUGAGCUUGGCCUCGAUUCAUACGGCUCUCAGAGCGACUUUUAUGAGCGUCAAAUAAAGUCAUUGGGGAAAAUCAGCGGGAUUCAAGCUGCUACUCAAGAUGAAAAGUCUGGCGAAGCGGUCGGGGAUAUCAUCAAGAAGGACGAUUUGUUGGAUUGGUAUAAAGCUCGUAAACCCCCACACCAAAUCACGAUCGUCCAUGGGGACUACAAGUUAGACAACUUGGUCUUUCAUCAGACGGAGCCUCGUGUCAUCUCCGUAUUGGAUUGGGAGUUGUCUACCUUAGGUCAUCCGUAUUCCGACUUGGCCAACUUGCUUCAGCCAUGGUACGCACCUUCGAGUCUCUCGGUGGGAUACCAGCCUUCUCUCCUCCUAGGAUUCAGGGAUUUGCCAUUCGAUCAGAUGCCUAUCCAGAUUACAGCUGAUGAUCUCUUAAAGAAAUAUUGCGAGCUCAGUGGCAAAGAUUAUCCACUCGUCAAUUGGGAGUGCGCCGUAUCUUUUGCCUUUUUCCGGCUCGCAGUGAUUGCCCAAGGAAUCGCUGCGCGCAUCGCGAAGGGGCAGGCUAGUUCUGCUCGAGCAAGCGAGUAUGGAAGCAAGUUUCAGAUAAUUGGUAAAUACGCCAUAGACACCAUCGAGAUUUAUGAGCAAAAGAAAAGCAAAGUGAUGUCGUGA